CACUCAUAAAGCCCACUCAUUCUUAGAAAACGUCCUCGGUUACCUAUCACUCUCCUUUCUGCCUGGCUGGCUACCAAUGCAUAUUGACCACAAUUGGUUCCAGCUGUUUUUCCCAUUAUUUACCGUUUUAUAUUACCGUUUUUUUUAAAUGGCUCAACAAGAAUAUAAGCUUCUCGGUGACCAGUUGUUUACGUAUAAAGGCCAGGUGUUUCCCGUGGAUGACACGCAAGAAUUAACCACGGACUAUAUCGACAGCUUGGAACACUUUGAGAUCAGGGACAGUGAUGUUUUCCUUGUCACUUUCCCCAAAUCAGGUACAGUAUGGACCCAGCGUAUCAUCACCCUGAUGUUUGACGAUGAUUUUCCAGAGGAGGCUAACCAGAUCACCUAUGUGAGGAUGCCCUGGCUGGAGUUCCUGGAGAAGGGGAAGACCUACAGCGAGAGGUCCUCUCCACGCCUCUUCUGCUCCCAUCUACAACAGCACCUUAUGCCCAAGGUCCUGCACAAGAAGAAGGCCAAAGUAAUCUAUGUGACCAGGAACCCUAAAGACGUCCUGGUGUCCUACUUCCACUUCUCUAAGUUCAUGAAGAAUCUGGACAGUCCAGAACACUAUGACGAGAUGCUGGACAAGUUCUUCUGUGGAUGGAUGGUUGGUGGCUGCUGGUUCGACCAUGUCAGAUGAUGGUACAACAACCAGGACAAAUACAACAUCUUGUUCCUCAGCUAUGAAGAGAUGAUCAAGGACCUGAGGUCAGUGGUAGUGCGUCUGGCUGAGUUUGUAGGGAAGAGCCUGUCUGAUGCAGCUAUAGACAGCAUAGUGGAGAGAGUCACCUUCAAUAACAUGAAGAAAGAUGACAAGGCCAACUAUGAGUUCCUGCCUGAUCACGUCAAAGACAAGAACAAGGGGAAGUUCCUACGAAAAGGUACCAUAGGAGACUGGAAGAACUCGUUGACGGUGGCCCAGAGUGAACGUUUUGACCAGAUCUAUCAGGAGAGGAUGAAGGACCUAUCUCUCAACUUCGUCUGGGACAUCACAGAGCUUCAAGGCUAAUACAGACACACACAUAUGCACGCUCUCGCUCUCUCUCUCUCUCACACACACACACACACACACACAUACUCUCUCUCUCUCUCACACACACACACACACACACUCUCUCUCUCUCUCUCUCCAACACACACACACCUUAAAUAUUAUUUCCAUGAACUGUUCCGUCCCACAAAUAUCCUACUCUUUUAAUAAUGUGAAUAAAAAUGAAAUAUAUCCAUGUACAGUAUACUUCAUUAAAUUAAAACUGAAUAUUCUAGUA